GCCUUGACUGGCACAGGGAGCAGCAGCAGCGAUCGAGCGUGUUGUGGAUUUCUAUCGCUUCGUCGCACGGGCAAGAGGCGGAGUCGUUGGUGGUGGGAUAGCACACAAAAAAAACGUGAGAGCCAUGCCGGGACUGGAUGAGGCUCCUGCUGCUGCUUCUUCGCUCGGUUAAACGCAACGAAGUGAGAAGGAUCGCUCGAGUUGAACGUCAACGCUAACGGAAUGAACUCGCUCGGUGGACGUUGAUCGUUGCCAGCUCGUUUUGGAGCGGUUUGAAGUCCCUGGACGUUCGACUCGGCGGAGAGAGUGACACAUCACGCAGAGCGCUUGCUCGCGACGCAAAGAGAGAGAAGAAGGGCUAUGGAGCUGGCGAGUGCCAGCGUCGUGGUGAUCCAGACCCUGACGCGCGCCACCAACCAGGAUGCCAGCGUGCUCAAACCAGCGGAGGAGCAGCUCCGCCAGUGGGAGAUCCAGCCGGGCUUCUACAGCGUCCUGCUGAACAUCUUCAUGGACCACAGUCUGGACGUGCACGUGCGGUGGCUCGCUGCCCUCUACUUCAAGAAUGGAAUUGACCGAUACUGGCGGCGCCUGGCUCCCAACUCGCUGUCGGAGGAGGAGAAGUCGUCGCUCCGUGCCGGUCUCAUCGCUAACUUCAACGAGCCGGUCAAUCAGGUGGCGACGCAGAUCGCGGUGCUGAUUGCCAAGGUGGCGCGGCUGGACUGCCCACGCCAGUGGCCCGAGCUCAUCCCUGUGCUGCUGGAGGGCGUGCGCACGCAGGCCAUGCUGCCUCAGCACCGUGCGCUGCUCACUUUCUACCACGUCACCAAGGUGCUCGCCUCCAAGCGCCUGGCCGCCGAUCGCCGUCUCUUCCAGGAGUUGGCGUCCGGCAUCUACGGCUUCUGCUGCUCGCUGUGGACUCACUACACCGAGUCCUUCCUGCAGCAGGUGGCAGCCAGCGACCAGGACGCCACCGCUCACUCCCUCGAGCGCACGCUCCUCUCGCUCAAAGUGCUGAGGAAGCUGACGGUGCACGGCUUUGCGGAGCCACAUGGGCACGCAGAGGUCAUGGCCUUUCUGAACGCCGUGUUUGAGAGGAUGCAGCAGUACCUCAACUGCCUAAGAACUAUCACAGCAGGCCACCCGUGCAGAGAGAAGCUGGAAAAAGCAGUCAUCCUGUGCACCAAAGUGCUACUGGACUUCCUUGAGCAGCACCCGUUCUCGUUCGUGCCGUUUGUGAGCCGCUCGCUCGAGCUAGCCGUGGGCUCCGUGUUCGCACGUGCCGAGGGCCGGCCCGCGUUCGAGCGCUUCACCGUGCAGUGCAUGAGCCUCAUCAAGAUGAUCGUCAAGAACGACUCGUACCGCCCAUCCAAGAACCCCGAGGACAGCAAGCCGCAGACUAUGGAGGCGUACCGUGUGAAGAGCGCCUUCUUCAACUACCAGACGCUGACGGAGAUCUGCCGCCGUCUCGUCUCGCACUACUUCCUGCUCACGCCCGAGGACCUGGCCAUGUGGGACGAGGACCCGGAGGGGUUUGCCAUUGAAGAGAGCGGAGGCGAUUCCUGGAAGUACAGCCUUCGGCCCUGCACUGAGGUCCUCUUCCUUGACAUUUUCCACGAGUACAGUGAAACGCUGACCCCCGUUCUCCUGGAAAUGCUGCACGCACUCCAAGUCCCCACCAGCCAGGAGGAUUCCGUGGGGUUAUUUAUUAAAGAUGCAGUUUACAACGCGGUUGGCCUGGCUGCGUACGAGCUCUUUGACACCGUGGACUUUGAUGAAUGGUUCAGAAACCAGCUCGUCGUCGAGCUGCAGGUGAAGGACUCGAGGUACCGGCUGAUCCGCAGGCGGGUCAUCUGGCUGGUGGGCCAGUGGGUCGCGGUGAAGUUCAAGCAGGAGCUGAGGCCAGUCCUCUACCAGGCGCUGCUUUCCCUGCUGCAGGAUGCCGACCUAGUGGUUCGGCUGGCAGCGGCGACCACCCUCAAACUUUCUGUGGAUGAUUUUGACUUCAAGACCGAACAGUUCACGCCUUACCUCGAGUCCAUCUUCAGCCUGCUCUUCCAGCUGCUGCAGAGCGUCUCCGACUGCGACUCAAAGAUGCACGUCCUGAAUGUCACGUCCUGCGUCAUCGAGCGGGUCGGCUCCCAGAUAAGGCCGCAUUCGGGCUCGCUUGUGCAGUACUUGCCGGUGCUGUGGAAGCAGUCUGAGGAGCACAACAUGCUUCGCUGUGCCAUCCUCACCACCCUCAUCAACUUGGUGCAGGGCCUGGGUGCGGACAGUGUGGGCCUCUACCCGUUCCUGCUGCCCGUCAUUCAGCUCAGCACGGACAUCUCGAAGCCCCCCCACGUCUAUCUGCUCGAGGACGGGCUCGAGCUUUGGUUGAUGACACUGGAGAACAGUCCGGCCGUCACAGCCGAGCUGCUGCACAUCUUCCACAACAUGCCGGCCAUCCUUGAACUGGGCUCGGAGAACAUUCAGAUGUGUUUACAGAUCGUGCGGGCCUACACUUACUUGGCUCCUGUCGAAUUUCUGGAGAGCUACGGGGCCACGCUGUGCAAGGCAUUCUGCGACCUGCAGGCCGACAUCACCACCGAGGGGCAGGUGCACAUCCUUAAGAUCAUUGAAAACAUUCUCAAAGUGCACCCAGUAGCAGGGCCACAGAUUUUCCACCCACUCCUUCCCAGCAUCUUCAAAGGGAUCCUGGAUGGGGAGAGGUAUCCGGUUGUGAUGGCCACGUACCUCGGCAUCUUUGGUAGAAUCAUCCUCCAGAACCCUGCGUACUUUUCGGGCCUGCUCGGGCAGAUCGGCAUGGAGCUGGGCCAAGAGCCGGACCAGCUGCUGGGCUCCCUCGUGGACAUGUGGGUGGACCGCAUGGACAACAUCACGCAGCCAGGGAGGCGCAAGCUGUCUGCGCUCGCGCUCGCCUCCCUCCUCCCCACGGACAACAGCAUUGUCCAGGACCGCUUCUGUGGCCUCGUCAACGUCUGCGCCGAGGCCUUGCACGACAUCAUGAUGGAAGACCCGGACGGAGGCGCCUACAGAGACCGACUGAUCAUGGCCGUGGAAGAGGUUCACUUCGGAGAGGAGCUGGAGCAGCCAACGGAACAAGACAAGCGAAAGAAGCUGCUGGCGAUGAAGGACCCCGUGCACAGUACGUCGCUGCAGCAGUACGUGUACGACAAGCUGAAGGCCCAGCAGGACUUCAUGGGCCCCCAGGCCUUCCAGGUGCUGAUGGAGACCGUGGACCCGGAAUUGACCACGCAGCUGCAGGAGUUCAUGUCGUCCCUGUGACGCUGCGAGCCCGAUUUUUUAAAUUACGGGGGGUCGCCUUUAUUGCGCUGCGGCUGGGUUCACGCCGUCCCCAGGCUAAGAAGUCGGGAGUCCGCGAUGGAUGACGGCAGCGUGGGUGGGUGGGUGGGGGGCGGGAGACGGAGGGGUGUCGCGGAAACCAGGUCUUACCACGCUCUCCCUGCUUGUGAACGCGUUGCACUGAUGGCGGCCUCUUCCAUUCGACGCUCUGCCCCGUCGCCGCUCGUGACGCAGACGCCCGCCCCGCUUGCGGGGUAAGGGGGCGGCUGCGUCUGCGCUCGCGCGUCCCCGGGGUGGAUGUUGUCAAGCCGGUGUCGACGCAACGCGUCGGCGGGUGCUUCCGUCGGCAGUUCCGUGUUGAGAGUAGAAAUUUUGGGGGGGAUUUUAUAACCCGCAAGGUGAUAAGAUUUAACAAUGAAAUACGGCGGCGGCGGCGGCGGCUUAGAAUCAUGACGGGACCGCGGUCACGGGAAAGGGCGCGGAACUCGGCACGAACCAAAACCACCUCCGGCCUCAUCUCAAACCGGUUUCGGACCACGAGACCAGCGGGCGCUUCUUUGUCCAGAAACAGUGCCUGGCUUGUCGUGGGUCCCACGACCGAAUAAUCUUGAGUGUCUCUGUGUAAUCGUCAAGAGCUGGUAUUAGCUGACUUUAUCGACAAACCAAACUGAGAAUGACCUAUUAUUAUUAUUCAUGAAAAUGUUGCAGUCAUCAGUUGGCUGCACUGAGCCCUCGUGAGUUUUGACGGCUACAUUGACAACACAAGUUUUUUCUUUUUAAGUGGCAUUUAUCGAGGCACGGAUUCAUGGUAGCCUUGUAGCACUCGCGACAGGUUUGACAUUCAAUUUAAAAUUCCCUUAAUUCAUUUUGAAUGCCAUUCCCACGAUAAUAGUGAACUAAAUACAUAAUUCCGUCUUAAUUUGGAUGGCUGUUUGCUUUUUUAAAUAGUAUAAUUUCGUACUCAUUUCGGCCCGUUUAUGUACAAAAAGAAAUCCCGGAAGUUGUUACAAGGAAGGGAAAUUACCAAAUAUUGCGUGAUAAUUUUUAUUGCCGUAUUUUUUAUUUUGGAUAGAAUGUGUUAGCUGUGUCAGGAUACCGUCUGUAAAUAACCGCAACUGUCUUAUUCGCAGGAGGAAAGAUAUUGAAUGUUUCUAUACCACUUCCAAAACAUUUUCGGAAUCGCAAGUCAUCAUCAGAAACCCAUCUCCGCGUAUCAGUAUUGACGCCGUUUGGUCCCGGGUAACCCUCCCAUGGCGCGCUUGUACUCGAGCUUCCGUUCAACUAAAAAUAAACACCUUUGGUUUUCUC